AUGUCACUAACAGGUAUUUUUGCGAUCUUUUGGUUUCUAGUGCUGGCUUUGGCCGUAAACGUGACCAUCUCUGUGUCUAGCAUCAACAACUCCCAAGAUUUGGGAUACAUCAAAGAUGUAUACGAGAUAUCCACAGAAUAUUACUUGUUCGUCACAGGCACGCCGAAAGCUGUCGUUUAUGAUUAUAACACCACCACGGGCUACGUUUCGCUGCAGCAGAACGGGUUCGUCUACAAUAUCUUCAUGGGCCCGAAAAACCAAUCCACAAUCUUGGCAAUAGGUCUAACUGUCAAGCCCGAGGCCAUGCAAUUUGGCGCCAACUAUAGACUCAUUAACUAUAACUAUUGGGCCUGUCUGAACAUCAACGAUCCAAUCGGUUAUUCUCGCCGGGAGACAAUGAUCUUCAUUACAUCAAGGUCCAACGCAACUGCUCCUCACACCAGCUGUACUCGAGUUUGGCUCACGAUGAACUUUUGCCCGCAAAACACAACCAACUGCCAGUUGCCCGGUACGCAGCCCGCAUUUAAUUCCAAUUUUGGCUCUAGUACCGUUUCCAAUCAGGGUUUGAAUUUGAAGAGCGCGCUGAUAUAUCAACACAGUGUUUAUGCCUUGAUUAUCUCUGCGCUUCUUGCAUACACGGUUUGA